GACGAGGCUUAAGGGGCUGCCUUUUCGAGUUAACCGAGCUCAUACGUGUCAGUCCUUUUGCUCUUUGGAAGUGGAGGAGUGGGAAGCUACGUGGACGAGUACUAACCAUGGCACCAAAAAGUAGCAGCAAACAACAGUCUGAAGAGGACCUUUUACUCCAAGAUUUCAGUAGAAAUCUUUCUGCCAAAUCCUCGGCGCUGUUCUACGGAAAUGCCCUCAUUGUAUCUGCCAUUCCCAUCUGGCUGUUCUGGAGGAUCUGGCACAUGGAUCUGGUGCAGUCGGCUGUGCUCUACGGCAUCAUGACGCUUGUCAGCACGUAUUUGGUUGCAUUCGCCUACAAAAAUGUCAAAUUUGUGCUAAAACACAAAGUUGCUCAGAAGCGCGAGGAUGCAGUUUCCAAGGAGGUGACCCGGAAGCUGUCCGAGGCUGACAACCGCAAGAUGUCUCGCAAGGAGAAGGAUGAAAGGAUCCUGUGGAAGAAAAAUGAGGUUGCUGAUUAUGAAGCUACAACCUUCUCCAUUUUCUACAACAACACCCUCUUCCUGGUUCUUGUCAUCAUUGCCUCCUUCUUCCUGCUCAAGAACUUCAACCCUACAGUGAACUAUAUCCUGUCAAUCAGUGCUUCCUCUGGCCUCAUCGCCUUGCUGUCGACCGGAUCCAAGUGAGCACCCAGAGAAGAGUGUCGGAGAGGCAGGGGGACCCAGAGAGCAGGGGGUCAGUGGGUGGGAGGGGUGCGACAUUUAAAAUAUGAACAAAUGGUAAAUCUGGAUAAAAUUAACGAUCAUAGACCUGGUGGUCAUUUCAAGAAAUGCUCUAAUCUUUUUCAAUAAAAUGAUAAACUCCAGAAAGGUGUUUGUGUCAGGCAUUAUUAUAUGCUGCUACAGCUUUGAAAUGAUGUAUACAGGUGGAUGUAUGUAGUUCAGGUUCAUAUUUUUCCCCCAAUACGGUGUAAUAAAAGUAUCCGGGUUCCA